CCGGUGGCUAACUUCAUUCUCUUCGUUGUUGUCUACAACGCUGUCAGAUAGCAACUUUUAAAAUGCAAUUGAUCGUUCGAGGUUUAUCCACCAACGUUUUGGAGUGCCAAGGCACCGAAACUGUUGCAGAAUUAAAGAGUAAAAUCGCCGCGUUAGAAAAUCUUACAUCGCUUGAUGUGAGUUUAUACGCUUCCGGGCGUCCAAUUUCUGAUGAUACGGUCAUCUCGGCUUUUGAAAAUAUUGAUAUUGAGUUGGAUUGUGGGUUACAAGGUGGUAAAGUUCAUGGAUCCCUUGCCCGUGCUGGUAAAGUAAAAGGUCAAACUCCUAAAGUAGAAAAGCAAGAAAAGAAAAAGAAGAAGACAGGACGUGCUAAAAGACGUAUUCAAUACAACAGGAGAUUCGUUAAUGUUGUAACUGCUUUUGGACGCCGUAAAGGACCUAAUUCUAAAUCCACUUAAGUUUCUAGUUGUAUAAUAAUGUAUACAAAUAAAAAGAUGUGUUUCUAA